AUGGUCUCUGUGGAGGAUUCACCACCAGGUUUCUGCUCACUGCAAAACCCGCGUCCGGAGGAAAACCUCUCCGACUUCGGCCGAGUGCAAGCCGCCAUCGCCGCGGAACAGCGCGCCGUGGCCGCUAAGCGCAAGGUCAAGCCCCCGGCGUCGGUAACAAACACCCUCGUUUUGUACGCUCCACCUGCCGACGCCGCCACCACCACCAUCACCGUCGCCGCCGCAGUCGACUCCCCCGACUCGGCCGCCAUUCCCCAACCUCUUCCCCCUCUCUCCGCCCUUCCGACUCUUCGCGGCCUCCCCGCGCCUCCCUCCUCGCCGACCCCCGAGGAAUAUUGUCUCUCGCCAUCGCGACUCCUCUUCCCACGGCCAAGCCCAAUAACAGGAGUCGCCAGCAGCCUGCUGAGCAGUCUGGCGAGAAGAUGGCCUUCCGCAAGGCCAUGCAGCAAGUGGAGGAAAUCCGCACCUAGCAUGUGCAGCAACUCCGCGAGCACCACAGGCUGCUGGACGAGCAGCUGGCCAGCGAGCCCAACCGGGAUCCCUGGCAGCUGCAACAACAGCGUUUCAGACGGCUGGAGGAGGAGAGAGGAGACCAAGAAGGAAGUCCGCCGCCGCUACGGCAAGGCCAGCAAAACCGCCAUCUUGCGCGCCAUCGCCCAGGCGGAAGAAGGAGCAUCCCGCUCCCGUGCCGAACAAGAGGCACAACUGACCGCCGCGACCCAGACCCGCCGGUUCGCCGAGGCCGAGCUCGGGUUGGCACUUUCCGAGGAGAGCAAGGCCAAGGCUGCUUGGGAAGCCGCCCACGACGCUGUCGCCGCCAAGAGGGUCCAAGUCGAGUUGGCAAUUGUCGAGGAGACGAAGGUCUACGGGCUGUUGUCGGGCAUCGAACCCGACAACCUUACCACAGCCGAUCAACCUGAGCCGUCUUUGACGGGGAUGGAACCGGAGAAGGCUGCGGCCGAUGAACUGGAGACGGCCACCCUUAACCCGCUCGCAGAAGAGCCGAGUCCUGAGGUGGAGCAGAACGAGACCAAGGCUGGAGCUUUCGUUGAUGCGACGGCGGCGGAUGAAUCGGAGCCGAAGGCCUCUUCGGAGGAGCAGGCAAUGGUGAACGGCGCCCGUACCGUGCCGGCCGGGUCGAAAACCGAGAGCUCGCUUGAGCAGGAGGGGACCACGAACGCCGCGCCGCUCGCCAAGUCGAUCCCUGAGACGGCUGAUGCCUCCGUGAUGGAGCUCGCCCAGGAACUGGAGAAGGCUGAGUGCGCCCUUACGCUCGCCGAUGAACCGGGGACUGUCGAUGCCAUGGAGGGGCUCACCCAGGAACCGGAGAAGGUUGAGCAGGACCUCGCCAAGGGACCGGAGACGGUUGACGCAAUGGAAGGGCUCACCAAGGAACCGGAUAAGGCAGAGCCCUCCUCCUUCGCGCAGAUGAACCGAUGUUCGAGGCCUCACACGAGGAGGAGAACGAGGUGA